AUGCGGGCGCUGUCGGAGAAACCCCUACUCGUCGCCGCCGCAGGGGCGGCACUUUUGGCUGGUGCCUUACUCGUCUCCAGCUUCGUCCGCGCCGGCGACCGCUUCCUCCUCUGCUCCUCCGCCUACUCCUCCUCCUCCUCCUCCCCCUCGGUGGAUCUCGCGGCGGCGCUCCUCCACUACGCCACCACCAGAACCGUCCCCCAGCAGUCCCGCGCCGAGAUCCGCAUCUCCUUCGACGUCCUCCGCCGCCGCGGCCCCUCCAACUUCCUCGUCUUCGGCCUUGGCCACGACUCCCUCAUGUGGUCCGCCUUCAACGCCGGCGGCACCACCGUCUUCCUCGAAGAAGACCCCUUAAGUCAGACCUACUGUUCUUGCGAAAGUGAAGUCGUCAUUGGGGCCCUCACCUGA